AUGGUAAAGAAAACAGCCACAACAUCAAAAUCAACACCUUUAUUUGAUAUCCGAUUAAGCAAUCUAGACCAUGACGUCCUAGUUCUCAAAGGUACUGAACAAGAAGCCGCUUCAGUACUAUUAGCUGGUAAAAUUGUCUUAUCUGUAAAUGAACCAUUAACAAUCAAGAAAUUAUCAUUAAAAUUACAAUGUAAUUUAAGACUAAGGGCAGAAAUAGCAAGAAACGGUAAAGUACCUGCAUUCCAAAAAACCAUGUAUGAACACUGUUGGGAUUCCCAGGAAUUUUCAAAGUAUCUUAGCAAUAUGUAUGAAAAUAGUUUAAUGGCAAGUUCAAGUUCUCAACUGCUGGCUCCUCCCGUGAGUAGAAAUCAAUCCACCACAUCAUUAAAAGGACUCGGAUACUCCCUCCUACACAAAACAUCAAGUUCAACAAGUCUAUUACAUUCAGCAGCAUCUGCCACAAAUCUUCAACAACUCCAUCCAUCGUCCUCCACUACAUCCUUAUCCAAAUCGUCACAUCACGUGUUAUCACCAGGUAAUUAUGAAAUCCCAUUCAGUGCAAUCCUACCCGGAAACAUCCCAGAAUCAAUUGAGGGACUCCCAGGUUGUUCAUCCUCAUAUAAAUUGGAAGCAACUAUAGAUAGAGGGAAGUUUCAUUCUAGUUUGGUGGCCAAGAAACAUGUAUGGGUGAUUAGGACAUUGACUACCGAUGCGGUAGAAUUAUCGGAAACUAGCGCAGUUGAUAAUACGUGGCCCCAAAAAGUUGAAUAUUCAUUAAGUUGCCCUUCUAAGGCGUUGGCGAUUGGGGCGGGCACGCCGAUUAGUAUGAUGUUUGUUCCAUUAUUGAAGGGCUUGAAAUUGGGGGAUAUUAAGAUUGAAUUGGUGGAACUGUAUGGAUAUGUGGGAUAUAUCGGACCUCUGCAUAGUGCUGAAAGGGUGAUUGCGAGAAAAUCAAUCCCGAAGAAGGAGGAACAAGAGGGGGAAGAAGAAGAAGAUGGGUGUCUGUUUGAUAAAUGGGAAGUGGAUACUUUUUUGAGAUUGCCUGUUUCAUUGAGUAAAUGUUGUCAAGAUGUUGAAUUGAAUAGUCAUGUUAAGGUGAGACAUAAAUUGAAGUUCAAUAUUGGUUUGAUUAAUCCCGAUGGUCAUGUUUCGGAGUUGAGAGCAACAUUGCCUAUUCAAUUAUUCAUUUCUCCUUUUGUUUCAGUAAGUUCUAGAAUUGAUGAAGAACCAAAUUCUGAAGAUGAAGAGGUAUUAUUUAUCUCAAGUAGAGAUUCAUGCGAAGCUUUGAAUUCAUUAGCCAAUAAUCCAUCCUCCAAUAACAAUUCUCAUACCUCGUUAACUGGACUAGUCGCUCCUCCAUUAUAUGAAAAACACGUCUAUGAUAGAUUAUGGUCUGAUGUAUCACCAGUAGAAACUCCAAUCACAUCAGGUGCAUCAACUCCAAGGAACAAUUUUUUGCACAACAAUAAUCAAUUCUCAAUGUCAUGUUUGGAUUCAAAUUUGUUAGCAGAAAAUUUACAACAAUUAAGUAUGCAACGACAAGCACAAUCACCAGAUGAAACAAACAACACAUCCAUGAAUCUUCUGAAUUCAAUAAUGUCGAAUUCAAGCGGUUCACUGACUCCAUUACGUAUAGGUCGUGCUGCAACCUUCAAUCUCGAUGGUGGUGAUGAAAUGUUGAGCAAAAGAACUCCAUCUUCUUGGACACCCCAAAAUCAACUGUUUCUCAAUGAUGCCAUCCUAACUCCACCCGUCCAUCUUUCAAGAGCAAAUUCAGAAUUAUUAGUAAACGCUGAUCAAUUGAACAAAGUUCCCACAUAUUCACAAGCCAUGAAAUCAAACACUGAUGACGAUUUGUCACCAGCUUAUGAGCCACCGUUACCGGGGUCAAAUAUCAAUCUACAAGUUCUUGGGAGUAAUAAAUUAUAUGACCCCAGGAGAAUGCCAAAUAGCAGGGGAGGUAGUUCGUCACCGCCGAUUCAGUCAAGAAAUGCGUCUAGUAAUAAUCUAACGGGGUUGUUAAUGGCUGCGAGUGGGGGAGGAGGACAGAAUAAGAAGAGUUUUACGAAUUUGAGUGAGAUGGGUGGAUCUCCUCCUACUGAUAGAUUGUUUAGGAGUGGAUCACCUCCGACUGAUAGAUUGUUUAGGACUUCGAGUUCUUUGAGUUUACAAUUUAAGAAGAAGAAGUAG